CGAUUCUUUUAACGAUUCGCUCAACCGAUUCACAAAGCGCAUCGCUCAAUGAAAAGCAGGCUAAAUUGUGGCAUUAUACUGACGCCAUACUAAAUUACCAUAACACUAAUCAACACUGAGAGUCUCUUCUCCGCCCAGAAGUGCAUUCCUCCUCGCGCGACCCGGAAGUGCUCUCCAUCUGUCUUUGUGUUUGUGUUUGUGUUUAGCUCCGCGGCUCUCUGCCGAACACCGGCGGCUCCAGAACACCGCGAUGAAGGUUACAUUCGGCUGAAUCCAUGCUUUCUGAUGAACUUGACUCCAAACCUGAGCUGUUGGUCGAGUUUGUUCAGAACGCGUCUAUCCCGCUGGGCCGGAGUCUGGAGGAAGCGGAUACUACAGCCUCACAGUGCGGCCCGCUGGAUCUGCCAGAGAGUCAUGCCGCCUCCCCGUCGCUGUCAGACUUCGGCCCUGAGCGAAGCCCAUUGGUGGUUCAGCUGCAGACUCCUCCCCCUCCAGCACAAACCCCGCCCACCAUCCUGCAGGACCUCCAGAACCACGACAGCUCGUCUUAUGUCCUGCUCAAUCUGGCCAAAGGGCUGUCGGCCGAGCCGCUGGUGUUUGUUCAGGACGAUGUGGACGAGGCGCAGGAGGAGAUUUCGUCCGGAGACUGCGGUGCGCCGUGGUACCUGCGGGUCCAGGAGCUGGCUCACGACAGUCUGAUCGCCGCCACACGCGCGCAGCUGGCCAGAGACGCACGCCACAGCCCUGAGCACAUCCACAGCGGUCAGCCGGAGUCCGAGCAGAAGCAGGAGCCCAGAGCUGUGUCACAGAAGAGCCACCGCUGCCCCUACGAGAGCUGCCAGCGGACCUUCAGCUACCCAGCACACCUCAGAUACCAUCUGAAGACACACCGGCACACCGGUGAAAAGCCCUUCCUGUGUGAUGCUGACGGCUGCGGCCGAUCUUUCGCAGAAUAUUCCAGUCUGCGCAAACACAUGCUCGUACACUCGGGUGAGAAGCCGCAUGUGUGCUCCAUCUGCGGGAAGACGUUCUCUCAGAGCGGCAGCAGAAACGUCCACAUGAAGAAGAGACACGGCGAUGAGACGCAGCCGCCGGACAGCAGAGACACGGCUGAAGCGCUCACUCACAGCAGUCUGUUG